AACUUAUUUACUCCUAACAAAAUUGAUUAAUAACGCACCAGUCUUCUAACAGUUUAAGCUACAAAAUGAAUUGGGACAUCAAUUCAUUAAAACAAGAGUUACAUUUACACGAUACUAUAUAUUGAUAGAGGAUUCUACUAUAAUCCUCCAAAUUAUUCAUUCAUAUUAUAAUAAUACUAAACCACCAUAUUCGUAUUUAACAUUUAGAAAAACAUACAUUGUUCCUUCACAUCUAAGCCAAGCAAUGGGUGUAUCUUGCAUCACAAGAAACACAUAUUCAAUCCUCUCUCUUCAACUUCUUCUGAUUCUUAUCAUCACCCCUUCAUCUUUUUCCUUUACUCCCACAGACAACGUCACGAAAGAAACCCUCAACAAACUCUGCUCAAAAUCAAUCCUUUACAAUCGUCGCUUUUGCGUCAAAUGGCUAACCGCUCAUAAUAGAACGACCUCGAUGAACAUCCGUGGCCUUAUGGAGCUCGCAGCCGAAAAAGCUCAAGCGUUUGGUCAGGAAAACCUAGAUCUGAUGGACCUCUUUGCAAAAAUCUCAGGUAAUGACAAGCAGUUCAAGAACGCUUGCGUUGAAUGUGUGAAUGGCUAUGGCACAGCGAUCAAAGAGCUUGAAGUAGCUAAAGAGUUUUUGAGAAAUAACUCGUUCCAACAAGCAUAUAACGCUGCUUACAAAGCACUUGAUUAUGCUUAUGUAUGCAAAGAUCAGUUCGAAGGACCUUCUAAUGAGCCGCCUUUUGUCUUGAAUCGCAGUGUGAAGUUUAUCGAAAUGUGUCACAUUGUUAGAUUUUUCACUAGUCUUUUCAAUUAA